GCGAAGGCCAUGGCAACCUCUCAGCUCUGGGGCCUCCUCGCGCUGCUCCACUGCGUCGGCGUCACCGUCUUCGUCCCCGCCUUGGUGCCCAGAGUGUCUGGAGAGAGGAGCAGGGCAAAUACGAGGGCCUACCCCCACAAUGCUCGUCAGCUGCCGACUUUCAUCUUCAGGUCAGGCGGCGUGAAACAGCUGACACCAACGAAGAACAUCUCGUCGCUUUUGGAUAAUCUCUUAAAAGGAUAUGACCACAAACUCCGACCUUCCUUUGGGGGAGAGCCAACGACGGUAGAGAUCGACAUCGAGGUCAGGAGCAUGAGUCGAAUCUCCGAAAUGGACAUGACCUACUCCAUGGACUGCUACUUCCGCCAGUCGUGGGUGGACGAGCGCCUGGCCUUCUCCGACCUUGAGGAGGCCUUCACCCUGUCCGUGUCCGUGCUGGAGAAGCUGUGGAAACCCGAUACGUUCAUUUACAACGGCAAACAGAGCUACGUUCACCUCAUCACAACGCCAAACAAGUUCAUAAGGCUCUACCAGAACGGAAGGAUUCUGUACUCGUCCAGGCUGACCAUUAACGCCAACUGCCCCAUGAACUUGCGUGACUUCCCGAUGGACACGCAGCACUGUCCUCUAAAGCUUGGCUCGUUCUCCUACACGACCCGCGACGUGGUCUACAGGUGGAACAAAGACAGGCAGGUGGUCAUCGCUCCUGACCUCAUGCUCUCCCAGUUUGACCUCAUAGCUGCUCCUUCGGGGGAUGAAAAUACAACCCGACGUGCAGGGGAGUUCUCCACCCUGCUGGCGAGCUUCUACCUGCAGCGUCACAUGGGGAACUUCCUGAUCCAGGUGUACGGCCCGUGUAUGCUGCUGGUCGUCCUGUCGUGGGUGUCCUUCUGGCUAAACAGGGAAGCCACAUCCGAUCGCAUAUCUCUCGGCAUCACGACUGUGCUGACGAUGACCUUCCUGGGACUAGAGGCGCGGACUGACCUUCCUAAGGUCUCUUACAUAACAGCUCUUGACCUCUUCGUUUGGAUUUCGUAUGGCUUCAUCUUCGCCACAAUAAUAGAGUUCGCCUUCGUCCACGUCUUCACGAAAGUGGGGUCCGGCGAGGUCUACCUGUCGCACUCGAGCUCCGAGGCCGACUCCGAGGAGGACCCUGACGAGGAACUUGACCCUGAGCCAGUCGCAUGCACCGUGAUGGCGAUCGGGCCGCAGGAGGACUGCGAGGGCCACGCCUCCUCCGUGUGCCCCGCCCACCCCUCGGCGGGCCCCAACGGCGUCGGGAAGGUCUCGUCCCGGUCCUCCGAAGGGCACGUGUCGCCCUUGCACAUCUGGGCGCCCGCCUCGCCCGCCCCCCACGGCCUCUCCCUUCGGCUGAGGAGGCUGUGCGGCUGCGUCUGCGCCAGGGGGAGGAGGAGCUCUCUGCCGGCGACGAAGGUUUUACCUUUCGCACCUGCAAAUAUUGGCACACCAUUCCAUCAUAUUCACUCCCGCUCGGCUCCCCACCACCGCCGCCAGUCGCAUCUGCCCAGGUCCGGCGAGCGGGCGCCGAGACGUCCAACCUCUUCGAAACUGGACCAGAUUAACUCCGUGUCCAACAUCGACGAAAUCUCACGAGUGCUCUUCCCGUUCGCUUUCGUGUGCAUCAACCUCCUGUAUUGGUACACGUUCCUCUCGCACACGCAGUGGUCGCAGAAUCGAUUCUGA